UACUUAUAUUGUAUUUGCGAUAUCGUAUGAAUUAUAUAUAUAUAUAUAUAUAUAUAUAUAUCUACAUAUGUCUGUGUAAUAAGUUUGGCGUGUACGCAUGGAUUUCAUCUAUGAUAAAUAAAGUGCAGGUUAUUAAUGUAAAAAUCGUAAUUUAUAAUAGGAAAAUUAAUAUGGAAAUAAAUGCGACGGAGACUCAAUCGUUGACUGCGGUGUGAAUAAAUUGAUAUUUUUAACCGGAUUCUUAAUGAAAUAAGAAGAUUCAUCGACGUCCUGAAUUAAACAUUUUGAUUAAUUGUCGACGAAGUUUGUUCGAUUGUUUUUUGUUUUUUUUGUUUUUUUACCCCCAAACCACAAGUUAUAUCAGAAGAAUGAGUAAAAUGAGGCGUCAGUUCCGGAUCGUUGGUAUUUGCACGUUGAAAAUCAAGUCGCGAAUAUACGAAAUGGAGAUCCUUUUAAAACGUGCUAGGGAUACGAGGUAUAAGUAAAUAUUAAACAUGUCGAACUGGAAAUAAGGGUGAUAAAAUAAAAAGAGAAGAAGGUAUCCCAAAAUUACCGACGAAUCAAAUUUCCCUUUUCUUAAGUGAGAUUUUAACUGUAAUCACAUGUUGUACCUGUAAAAGUGAGCGUGAGUAAUAUCGUGUACAAUAUGACGGUGAAACGUAACAAUCGCGUGGUUAUAAAAGUAACAAUAAUUAAUCACAUUCGUUACAAAAGUAAUUUUUAACGAACCUGAAUAAUAAUUAUACGUGUGAUCGAUGUUUACGGGACGUGUAAUUAUUGAGUAAAUGUAUAAUAAAUAGUGUUGUAAUUGUUUCUCUCAAUGAGGGUGCCGUGAAUAAUUUAUACACAUAAUUUAACCACGGGAAUUAAUACGAAUGAAUAAUAAUUACGAUAUAUGUAACGUGUAUUAUUGUACAUUAUGUAUAACGUUUCAUUGCGAGAGUAAUGUUAUAUCGAUAAUAAAAUAGUCGUAACUGAAAUAGGGGAAAAAAAAAACAAAAUAACUAAAUAAUUAUAAUAAUGUGCAACGAUUAUUGCCUGAAUAAUCGGUUUAUGGUCUCAUGACGUUUAUAAGGUCUAACGUAAAACUGGAUAAAGUGUCAUCCCAGUGCAGUGCAGUGAUUAUAGGUGUAAAAAUGUGGUUUCACUUAUUCCCUGUUUUCAUCAUACUGAUAUUUCAGACGAAUCAAAUUCAAGGUUACGGAUCUGGUCAAGGCAUCGAAGUGUCAACAGUCGGGUCCUACUCGGGUUCUACUCAACACAACAUCAGUGGAUGGCCGUACUUUGAGUACAACGUGCCCCGAAACGUGACUGCGGCUGUUGGCCAGACGGCGUUUCUUCACUGCAGAGUUGAGCAGCUGGGCGACAAGGCGGUGUCGUGGAUAAGAAAAAGGGACCUGCACAUUCUCACCGCCGGGAUACUCACGUACACCUCGGACCAGAGGUUUCAGGUUAUUCGACCCGACAAGUCCGAGAACUGGACUCUCCAGAUAAAAUUCCCUCAGGAGAGGGACUCGGGCAUAUACGAGUGCCAGGUGAACACCGAGCCCAAGAUGUCUCUCAGCUACAGGCUCAACGUUGUCGAGGCCCGGGCGAGGAUCAGCGGCCCUGACGACGUCUACGUAAAGACCGGAAGUCUGCUGACACUGACGUGUCUGAUGUCGCAAGGACCUCACGACCUCGGGACGGUUGCCUGGUACCACGGCAGCCAUCCGGUACUCACGUCACCCCUGCAAGAAGGCAACGACGUCGCCUCGGUGCCUCGGGUAGCCGUUGACACGGAAUGGAGCGACGCUCUGACGUCGAGAUUGAAAAUCACCCAUGCCAGACCAAGCGAUUCGGGGAAUUACAGCUGCGUACCGACUGUGGCGGAAAGCGCGAGCGUCAACGUUCACGUAAUUAACGGCGAACAUCCGGCCGCUAUGCAGCACGGAAAUACAGCCGCAGGAUCCCCGACAUCAAGGAUCAUCCUUGUUGCCGUAGUUUUCCUCCUCGGUCAGCUUAGAUAAUGUGUAUGAGAAGUUGAAACCUGAUUCAGGAAGAAACAUGCUAGAUUUUAAAUAGCCGAGGAGAAACAGCGACGGAAACAAAUUUUACUGCAAAUUUUCGCGUUGAAAAGAUACCAGAAAAAAAAUACACACACAAACGCAGAUGAUGAUUAUAUAUAUUACACACAUGUGUAUUUCUCAAUAUUUGAGACGAAAAAUUUCAUAUGUUUUGAACACUUUUCAAUCCAUUUGAAAUGAAUGGUCGAUCAAGAUUCGUUGAAAUUGAUAUUGCCAUAAAAGACAAUUUUAUCGUUCGACAAUUUUUUUUUUCUUUCUUUUUGUUUUAUUAUUUUUGUGGAACGAAUUUUUCGUUCUUCUUAACCGAAUCGAUCUGACUUUAUAAAUGCCUUCACGAAAUAUCUCGAUAUCGGGUGAAAUUUUAACUUUGUAAUUUUUGUUGAGAAAAAAAAAAAGGAACAGUAAAACGUUUAUUCUCGAAAGAUUUUUCCUGAAGUAUCGAUCAAACAACGAACGGUUUUCUCCACGGUUUGAUCGGAAUUUGAAUAUUGAAGAAAGAAGCGAAAUCGAAGCGUCGUGAGUGAAGUAAAAAUUUGUGAAUUAUACGAAAAAUAAAAACGAUGCAAAAUGUUUUACUUGUCAAGUACGAGCUUGGAAACGUGAUAUGGAUUUUCAACUUUGUAAAGAAAGGGAAUCGUACAAACGAACUUUGACUAACAAUGAACGAUAGUUGAAUGUAAUAAUGGAAGAAAUAAGAAGUGAAGAGAGUAGGAGUUAUGAGAAAAAAAAAGAGAGAGAGAGUAAAAAAAAAAACCGAUAAGUGAGAAAUGAAUGAAAUAGUAAGAGAAU